CGAGGGUCCGUGGCUUCAUUCUUGAAGUCAGCGAGACCAAGAACCCACUGGAAGGAAACAAUUCUGGACAUAGCAGGACACUGGCCAGUGCCAGGGCCAGCAGCACCUCCCACAGGGAACAAUGGAAAGGCAGAGGAAAACCUAGAUUUCACGUGUAGGGGAAAGAGGAGACGCAGUAGCCUUACCUGCUGAGCACAGGAGUACAAAGCUCUGUAGGAUCAUGUCACUGUAGAAGCCCCCUUGGACCUCACUAAGGAGCCCCACAUUUUUGGAAGAUGUACUGACCCUGUCCUCAAAGGUCACUAAGCCCUGCAACACCAAGCCAAUGGGCAGACAGAUGUGAUCUAAGCACUGGGCAUGAGCCCUAGCCACUGGUCCUUAGUUUCAACACUUCGCCUUGUGGGCCCAUCUGUAACUCCAACCUAAAACCCUCCUUCCCAAAUCCUAUCCUCAGGCCCUUCACUGGUCCAGGCCACCAACAUAAUGCAGUCUGGACGUCCUGAAGCCACGCCAGAAUUCUAUAUAUUCAGAGGCCCAUUUGACACGUCCAUUCACAGGUCUCCAGACAAUUCAGACUCUAUACCUACAAAAUCCAUCGCUAAUCUUCCAUGAAACAUCCUCCUCCUGCCAACCGCCAACCUCUAUUCUCCACAGGAGGCCUCCUAAUUCUUCCUGACUACUUGGGAUGGUCCUUCACCCCUACUCAUGCUUAUUCCACUUAUCUAAGGUAGCAAUAAAUUCCAUUAGCUCUAUCUUGAAGAUCCAUUGGGAAUCUGAUCACUUCUCCCAUCCUUCUUGCUUCGGUUCUGGACAGGCCACUAUCAUAACUGUCUGGAACAAUACUGCAAUAACCUCCCCCAUAGUCUCCCUGCUUCCAGCCCGGCUACAACCACCUUCUCCGGUAGUGUGUUCGUUCAGCAGCCACUGAAAUACUUUCCAAAUUCUAACUCAGGUCAUGUCCAUCCCUUUUCUGUUCAACACCUUUCAUGACUCCCAGGCGCCCUCAGUGUGCCAGGAGAGGCAGGACUCCUCUUACGCUCUCCACCCGCUGCCAAGGGGGCACGAGAGCCUUCCUGAACGCUCAGGUCAGUGUCAAGUCCAAGUCUUCGCAUAUGCAGAUCCCUCCUCCUGUACCCUCCACGUCUCAACAAACUGGAUUCUGAAAUAGUGACCCCCCAACCUGUGAACGCUCCACACUGUUCAGUGGGGCCCACAGAGGACCUGGGGCAGAUACUUCUCAAUUGGAGACUUAGGACAAUGGUGCUGAGUCCAGCCGAGUGGGUGCCAGGAGACCUUUGGCGCACGUUCCAUGCCUACAGCUGGGCGCACGCUGGGUCAAGACCUCCCAACGCGUAGCUUUUGUUGGCAUCGGCCUCGCGCUCCGUAAAGCCGACACAAUGCCAAGGGCGACGACUCCCGGGAGCCGCGGACACCUCCGCGCGGUGCGACCUGAGGGUCCCAUUGGGCGGGCUUUAUCUAAGGCGGGGGGGGCGGGGGCGGCGAACACUGGGGCUCAGGGGCGAUAUUCGCCGCGGUGGGGGCGCUUAUAUGUCACGAAGGCGGAACUUCCCCGACUCUCGUGCCUUCCUCGCUCCUGUUUCCAUGGGCCCAGGGAGCCUCCAAGAUUCCGUCCCUCGCCUGACAACGCGGUCCGUUCAUAAGCAGACAAAAUCGAGAAAUGCCAACGUGAUGGUCCGAGGACGACGACAGAAGUCCCGCUUCCAGGCUGUGAUUGGCCAGCGUCUUACACUCCGCCCAGAAGUGCCCGUCUUCUGGGCUGCCUGUGGCCAGCACUGAGGCACCGCGAGGGUCCUUCUGGAUAAUGUAGUUUGCGUUCCGUGAGCGGCGACGCGAUAAACGCCGCUACUCAAUCACCUUGGCAACGACCUAGCGGUAGCGUGAGGGGCAUAGGGAAAUAGCGUCAUAGACGGCGGGGAUCUUUGAGCCAAUGAAAGCUCGGACCAGUGGCAAGACCGAGCUGUCAUUGCGGGGCGGGACUUCCGGCGCCGCCAUUGCGGUCCUCAUUUUGCGGCUAGUGGGUUGGGUUACAAGAGGCCUCUGGAGCCAGACUAGGGCGCGGGAGUGGGUGCAGGGACCGUCAUCGCGCCUUGACACGCACCAUAGUCCCCGGCUAAUUACUCUGCUUUUAUGAGCCAAGGUGUUCCCGAAAGUGGAGCCAGCGCCACGCGUCUCCAGGGUCCCCAUACCCAGCCUUCGUCCCUGCGGUGCCCGGAGGCCUUGCGCGCAUUUUGUAUUCGGGAAGACAGGUCCUGAGUGCGACCGUCACCCAGCGGAAGUGUGAGGGUUCGGCCCAGCGGCAGGGCUAGCCCUGGCGCCUCCUGUUAUGGCCCUGCCCAGCCCACAGGUUCCAAUGGGGUUGCCAGCGUCGCUGAUGGGCCCGGCGCAGCAUACUUGUUGGCCCUGUGGCUCAGCUGUCCACACAUUGAAGAGCCUGGUAACCUUUGAAGAUGUGGCUGUAUAUUUCUCCCAGGAGGAGUGGGAGCUCCUUGAUGCAGCCCAGAGGCACCUGUACCACACUGUGAUGCUGGAAAACCUUGAGCUCGUGACCUCACUUGGUUGUUGGCAUGGAGUAGAGGGUGAGGAGGCCCAUCCUGAGCAGAAUGUUUCUGUAGAAGUGUUACAGGUCAGGAUCCCUAAUGCAGAUCCUUCCACCAAGAAAGCUAACUCCUGUGACAUGUGUGGGCCAUUCUUGAAAGACAUUUUGCACCUGGCUGAGCAUCAGGGAACACACUCGGAGGAGAAACCCUACACAUGUGGAGCAUGUGGGAGAGACUUUUGGUUGAAUGCAAACCUUCACCAGCACCAGAAGGAGCAUAGUGGAGGGAAGCCCUUUAGAUGGUACAAGGACAGGGACGCACUUAUGAAGCGCUCUAAAGUCCACCUGUCAGAGAACCCCUUCACUUGCAGGGAAGGUGGGAACGUCAUCCUGGGCAGCUGUGACCUCCUCCAGCUUCAAGCUGUUGACAGCGGGCAGAAGCCAUAUUCCAAUCUUGGGCAGCUUCCAGAAGUCUGUACCACACAGAAACUCUUUGAGUCCUGCAACUGUGGAAAAGCCUUCCUGAAGAGCUCGACUCUCCUCAACCAUCUGAGAACUCACUCUGAAGAGAUACCAUUUACAUGCCCAACAGGUGGAAAUUUCUUAGAGGAGAAAUCAAUCCUUGGUAAUCAAAAAUUUCACACUGGAGAAAUACCCCAUGUGUGUAAGGAGUGUGGGAAGGCCUUUAGUCACUCAUCUAAGCUGAGAGAGCACCAGAAAUUUCACACUGAAGUAAAAUAUUAUGAGUGCAUUGCAUGUGAGAAAACCUUCAACCACAAACUCACAUUUGUUCAUCAUCAGAGAAUUCACUCAGGAGAAAGACCUUAUGAGUGCAGUGAAUGUGGGAAAGCCUUCAGUAACAGAUCACACCUCAUUCGGCAUGAGAAAGUUCACACUGGAGAAAGGCCUUUUGAGUGCCUGAAAUGUGGAAGAGCCUUCAGCCAAAGCUCCAAUUUCCUUCGGCAUCAGAAAGUUCACACACAGGUAAGACCUUAUGAGUGCGGUCAAUGUGGCAAAUCCUUCAGCCGAAGCUCUGCUCUCAUUCAGCACUGGAGAGUUCACACUGGAGAAAGACCGUAUGAAUGCAAUGAGUGUGGAAGAGCUUUUAACAAUAACUCCAACCUUGCUCAGCACCAGAAAGUUCACACCGGCGAACGGCCUUUUGAGUGCAGUGAAUGUGGAAGAGACUUCAGCCAAAGCUCCCAUCUCCUUCGACAUCAGAAAGUUCACACUGGAGAACGGCCUUUUGAAUGCAGUGAUUGUGGUAAAGCCUUCGGUAAUAGCUCCACCCUCAUCCAGCACCAGAAAGUACAUACUGGGCAAAGGCCUUAUGAGUGCAGCGAAUGUAGGAAAUCCUUCAGCCGCAGCUCCAGCCUGAUUCAGCACUGGAGAAUUCACACUGGAGAAAAGCCUUAUGAGUGUAGUGAGUGUGGGAAAGCCUUCGCUCAUAGCUCCACUCUCAUUGAACACUGGAGAGUUCACACAAAAGAAAGGCCUUAUGAGUGCAAUGAAUGUGGGAAAUUCUUUAGCCAAAACUCCAUUCUCAUUAAGCAUCAGAAAGUUCAUACUGGAGAAAAGCCUUAUAAAUGCAGUGAAUGUGGGAAAUUCUUUAGCCGAAAAUCUAGCCUUAUUUGUCACUGGAGAGUUCACACUGGAGAAAGGCCUUAUGAAUGCAGUGAAUGUGGGAGAGCCUUUAGCAGUAACUCCCACCUGGUUCGUCAUCAGAGAGUUCACACACAAGAAAGGCCCUAUGAGUGCAUCCAGUGUGGAAAAGCGUUUAGUGAAAGAUCUACGCUUGUUCGGCACCAGAAAGUUCACACUAGAGAAAGGACUUAUGAGUGUAGCCAGUGUGGGAAACUCUUCAGCCAUCUUUGUAACCUUGCACAGCAUAAAAAGAUUCAUACCUGAGUGGAGCUUUAUGGAAGUGGUCUUUGUGAGAAAAUCUUCAGCCAAGUCAAACUUCAUGCAGCAGAAUCCCCAUACCAGAAAAAUUACCUACAUGUACUGCUAAUGUGGAAAAGCCUUCAGAAGCUACUCUGUUUCUGAACAGCCCAGGAACCUUUGCAGGGCCAUCUUACCCAUGCAGCAUAAGGCAGAAGCCAUAGUCACUUUCCAUCUUGCCUGGAUCCAAAAACUUGCAGCAGUCCUGUCCUCAUGCAUGGGGAAAACAGUACCCUGAGCCUUCCUUCCCGUGUCCUGUAGGGAUUCAGGACUGUCCUCAGCUCAAUGGAAUGGUUUAAUUCCCAUUGCCUCUGAGAGGGUUAGGCAGUGAACUGAACCGAUGCUGGUUGAGGGACCUUGAGGGAAAUCUAAUUUGAGCUCAGGAAGAUGCACAUUCCUUGUGGAUGUGGUCAAGUCUGUGUUUAACCCCUAAGAUGUGUCCAUUGAGGCCACAAAUCACCCUCCACUGGAAUCACCUACCUUGCCUGCACUAACUGGUGAUAAUAAAGACCUUAUUGAUCAGGUCA